UUAUUUUUAGUCAUCUACAUUUUGAAAUGAAUAUUGUUGUUGUUUACUUGUAAUAUGCAAGGUGCAAGAAAAAAAGGUAGAUAUCAACAUGAUUAUUCAAGUCUGAUGGCGACAGAUAACGGUAAAAAUGAGACUGCUGCAGCCUGUUCUAAAGAGCCAUAUACAGGACCCGGAUGUGCCGGUGGUAUAUUGAUUGGCGUUACAUAUUUGCUCUGUGUCCUGUUUUUCCCGUUUUCAUUAUGCUAUACCAUCAAGGUAAUAACAGAAUAUGAGAGAGUGGUAAUUUUUCGUCUCGGUCGUUUAUUACCUGGUGGUGCCAAAGGACCAGGUCUUCUUUUCAUCUUACCAUGUGUGGAUGAAAUAAAAAUGAUGGAUUUACGAACGGUGUGUCGGGACAUCAGACCUCAACAGAUUUUGACAAAAGACUGUGUGAACAUCAUGGUGGAUGCAGUAGUUUAUAGUCGUAUAUUUAAUCCGAAUUUAUCAGUAUGCUAUUUCUCGAAGCCACAUUUAUCUAUGAGUAUUCUGGCUGCAACUACUCUUAGAAAAACAUUAGGGAAGAGAGACAUGACUGAAAUAUUAUGUGACAGAAAGAAAAUUGCCAAGGAAAUAGCGAGGAAAUUUGACAGACAAACAGCUGACUGGGGAAUUAAACUGGAAAGGAUUGAAAUAAAAGAAAUCAAACUUCCAAAAGAAAUGGAGAGAUCUAUGGCAGCUGAGGCAGAAGCUGCAAGACAAGCGCGUGCAAAGGUCAUCACAGCCAAGGGAGAACAAAAUGCAUCUCGUGCCUUCAAAGAAGCUGCAGAUAUCAUGUCACAAUCACCUGCAUCCAUUCAGCUCCGAUACUUACAGACACUAAGAUCUGUGGCAGCUAAAAAUAACUCAACCAUUAUAUUUCCUUUGCCGAUGCAGCUAUUACAGGGAUAUGCUCACAGCUGACCCCCAUUGCCAUGACAACGGAUAUUCCAUAAUUCAGCAUUCAUUUGAAAAAUGACACUUAUCCCUAUAUUUCUAUAUAUAACAAUGUCCUUCUACCUCUGUUACCCAAUCAAUUAUUUGGCCUUUUAUAACAUUUUUGAUUCGAGCGUCACUGAUAAGUCUUUUGUAGACGAAAUGCGCGUCUUGGGUUAAUAUUAAAUGUUAUUCCUGGCACCACUGGCUAUUGGACAAACUACCUUACUUAAUAGUUGAUUUAUCUAGUUCUAUCUAGGUAAACAGUUCACCUUUUGACUAUAUAUAUUGUACUUUUUUACUAUAUUGUCAAUGCAGAAUAAGAAACACCAGAAACAACAGUAAGAGCCGUAGCCAGCAUUAUAAGGUAUUUACAUUUAAGGGUUUUUCAAAUUAGUUUAUGGUUAAAUGUUUUUGACUUAAAUAUUUUAUUUAGUUUCAUUUACUUUGCUAAUUGUAUUUCAAACUUUAUAUAUUCUUUUUACCUGUAAUUAACUUUCAAUGUUAUAUAGUAUUUUAUAGAGUAGUAUGGUCAACUUACUUUAGUGAACAGUUUACAUUUGCAUUGAUUAACAAAUUGUUUACAUUCAGAGUGGUCAUUUAACUGUGUUUUGCAUUAAUAUUUAUUUGCAAUUGUGUAAUUAAACAUAAUAUACAUUAUUUGCUACAAAAUGAUAUAUUCAUAUACAUUUAUAUGUAAAGUUGUAUUUAUUUGUCAUUAUCUGUAUAUUUCAGAUCUGUCGUUGCCUUCUAUUAUAUAUUAUAUUUAUUAAAAUAUAUGAACGUUCUGCAUAAUUUAUCUGAGCCUUAUUCCACCUGGUCACAAAUGGCAUCUAUAAUGAGUUAAUUUAUUAGAUUGACAUGAUUGAUGAAUAUUUCACUCUU